CCUAAGGCAGUAGGAGGAGACUUCCACAAUGGAUGGGACUGCUGGGGACAAAUGUUUACUAAUGCUGUCUGGCUGUGCAGGGAGGGGAAGCAAAGAGGAAAAGACCACAACACACAACAAGAUUAAUAUCAACUCUCCAGGAUCCUACUGACACCUACCCAUGAGCCCCCUCUUUUUCCUUUUACUCUAACCAACAUCCUUACCCACUGAGCACCGACCAACACAGGACGUCCAUGGAUGUUGACAAGUUGUUGAAAUUUGGUCAGUCCGCCCUGGCCUUGAUUUCAACAUCUACAAACUUAGAUUUUUGAAUCCUACAGGUACUUGGCUCUCGGAUUGGGCUAGAUCUCUUGGCUGGACUUCCUCAGUGAUAAUUUCACAUUUCGACACGUUAGCUCAGUGAACAAAAUACAACUCUUUAACUCAACUCAUGAUUUGCUUUCAAGGACAUUUCAAGGACAUUUCAAGGACAUUUCAAGGACAUUGAGGCAUAAGACAUCCCAGGACAACAUCCCAGAAACACUGAGCACCAAUGUCAGAGGAGCACUGUGACAGGAGCACAGGUCACGUGACAUCAUAGCAGUAUAGCAGGAAGUAAUCACUGAAUUCUUAUCGUACCACUCUGUACAGUCAGCUGUACAGGUUUAUAUUUCAGUCAUUCAGCAGACACUCUUAGGGUUAAGAGCCUUGCCCAGGGGCACAUUGACCGAUUUUUCAACUAUUCGACAAACCCAACACUCUUAACCGCAAGGCUACCUGCCACACAGUUCUGACCUCACCGUUUCCUACCACGCUUUCGUGAUCACAUGCACCAUACCCACACUCUGUCACACUCCAUACCCUCUCACCCACCUGGGAGCUCUUCCUUAGCCUGGGUCGACUCAUCACCAAGGGCACCAUUGGACACUGCACCCUUCAGAAAUGACCGGUACCCAGCUAAUGAACUAUCCCACCACAAACUCUCCAUUCAGCUCUCCCAGCUCCAACUCCAUUCUGCUCCAAUCAGCUGCCAUGACAUCCCCAGUCCCCCCUUUUUCCCGGGCCACCUCAAUCCCCUCGCCUCAACUGCCUCCGGCCCUGUGGCCCCCGCUGGACUUUGCCUUAGGAGCGUUGUCGUGCUGCGGGGCCUGUGUGUUCACUAACCCCCUGGAGGUGGUAAAGACACGGUUGCAGCUGCAGGGAGAGCUGCGGGCGCAGGGGUCCUACCGGCAGCACUACCGCGGGGUGCUGCAGGCCCUGUGGGUGGUGGGGAGGACGGAUGGGCUCCGCGGGCUGCAGAAGGGGCUCUCGGCUGGGCUGAUGUACCAGGGUCUGAUGAACGGCGUGAGGCUGGGCUUCUACUCCUACUGUGACACCGUGGGCUUCACUGCAGUCCCUGGAGGGAGUCUGAUGUCAGGGGCUGUGGCCGGGGCUCUGGGGGCCUUCAUUGCCUCUCCUGCCUAUCUGGUGAAGACACAUCUGCAGGCCCAGACAGUCGAAGCCAUCGCAGUGGGUCACCAGCACAACCAUCAGGGUGUGUCGAGUGCCUUCGCCAAUAUCUACCGGCGGGAGGGCGUGGUGGGGCUGUGGAGGGGUGUGAACGGGGCUGUGCCUCGAGUGAUGGUGGGAUCAGCCGCUCAACUGGCCACCUUCAGCUCCGCUAAGGAAUGGGUGGCACGCCUACAGUGGUACAGUCCAAACAGCUGGCUGGUUGCCUUGACAGCUGCCUGUAUCAGUGGAGUCGCCGUGACGAUCACCAUGACGCCGUUUGACGUCAUCAGCACACGCCUCUACAACCAGCCAGUGGAUGAGCGUCAUAGGGGUCGUCUGUACCUGGGCUUCUCAGACUGUCUAGUGAAGGUGUGCCGGACAGAGGGUUUUCUGGGGCUGUAUAAAGGUAUGGGCCCUGUGUUCUUCCGCCUGUGCCCUCACACCGUUCUUAGCAUGCUCUUCUGGGACCUGAUGAGACAACGGGCCUUUCAGGACGUUCAGAACGAGAGCUGAAGAGAAGAGGAUAUUCAGCCAAUCUUGGAGGACAAUGGAAGUUGAUUUAAAAAAUAAAACAUGUUUUGGCCUGCUGUCUUCAUCAGAGCCGGAGCUAAGAAAGAAGGCCUCAUAUGGUGGACAGAGUUGAAUGAAUGACUGGUCCGUUGGUAGAGACGAGCAGUAUACACUCUUUGUGAUGCCAGUGUGGAAAGUUGGUUGAGAGAAGGAGAGACGAGGAGGAGGAGAUGCUCUCAAUUCCACAGAAUAGACUUGCACUCCCUCACUGGUUAACUGGAAGGAUACAUAAUGGCUUGAUAUACACUGAGUGUACAAAACAUUAUUGAGUUGCACCCCCUUUUGCCCUCAAAACAGCUUCAAUUCAUCUGGGCAUGGACUCCACAAGGCGUUGAAAAUGUUCCACCGGGAUGCUGGUCCAUGUUGACACCAAUGCUUCCCACAGUUGUGUCAAGUUGGCUGGAUGCCCUUUAGGUGGUGGACCAUUCUUCAUACACAUUGGAAACUGUUGAGCGUGAAAAACCCAGCAGCGAUGGAGUUCUUGACACACUCUCAAAACGGUGCGCCUGGCACCUACUACCAAUCCCCAGUCAAAGGCAUUUAAAUGUUUUAUCUUGUCCAAUCACCCUCUGAAUGGCAUACAGUGCUUUGUAAAAUAAUUCAACCCCUUGGAGUUUUUCCUAUUUUGUUGCAUUACAACCUGUAAUUUAAAUAGAUUUUUAUUUGGAUUUCAUGUAAUGGACACACACAAAAUAGUUCAAAUUGGUGAAGUGAAAAAAUAACUUGUUUCAAUAAAUAAAAAUAAGAUCUGGUGCAACCAAUUACAUUCAGAAGUCACAAAAUUGGUUAAAUAAUGCCCACCUGUGUGUAAUCUAAGUGUCACAUGAUCUGUUACAUGCGCUCAGUAUAUAUACACCUGUUCUGACAGGCCCCAGAGUCUGCAACACCACUAAGCAAGGGGCACCACCAAGCAAGUGGCACUAUGAAGACCAAGGAGACCAGGGACAAAGUUGUGGAGAAGUACAGAUCAGGGUUGGGUUAUAAAAAAAUAUCAGAAACUUUGAACAUCCCACAGAGCACCAUUAAAUCCAUUAUUAAAAUAUGGAAAGAAUAUGGCACCACAUCUCUGCCAAGAGAGGACCGCCCACCAAAACUCAUGGACCAGGCAAGGAGGGCAUUAAUCAGAGAGGCAACAAAGAGACCAAAGAUAAACCUGAAGGAUCUACAAAGCUCCACAGCAGAGAUUGGAUUAUCUGUCCAUAGGACCACUUUAAGCCGUGCACUCCACAGAGCUGGACUAGAAAAAAAAUAAGCAAAAACGUUUGGUGUUUGCCAAAAGGCAUGUGGGAGACUCCCCAAACGUAUGGAAUAAGGUACUCUGGUCAGAUGAAACUCAAAUUGAGCUUUUUGGCCAUCAAGGAAAACGCUAUGUCUGGCACAAACUCAAAACAUCUCAUCACACCGAGAACACCAUCCCAAGCACGGUGGUGGCAGCAUCAUGCUGUGGGAAUGUUUUUCAUUGGCAGGGACUGGGAAACUGGUCAGAAUUGAAGGAAUGAUGGAUGGCGCUAAAUACAGGGAAAUUCUUGAGGGAAACCUGUUUGUCUUCCAGAGAUUUGAGACUAGGACGGAGGUUCACCUUCCAGCAGGACAAUGACCAUAAGCAUACUGUUAAAGCAACACUCGAGUGGUUUAAGGGGAAACAUUUAAAUGUCUUGUAAUGGCCUAGUCAAAGCCCAGGCCUCAAUCCAAUUCAGAAUCUGUGGUAUGACUUAAAGAUUGCUGUACACCAGCGGAACCCAUCCAACUAUAAGGGCACAAGGCGAGACCCAAAUGCAGACACAGGAGGCAGAUGGUUAGAUUCCAAGCUGUUUAUUAACAAUCCAAAAGGGCUAAGUAAGAGAAUGGUCAUGGAUAGGCAAAAGGUCAAAACCAGUUCAGAGUUCCUGAGGUACAGAAUGGCAGGCAGGCUCGAGGGCAGGCAGGCAGACUGGUCAGGCAGGCAGCAAUGGAGUCCAGAAAAACAGGCAAAGGUCAAAACCGGGAGGACGAGUAAAAGAUAAUAGAAAAGCAGGCGCAAGGGAAAAACAUGCUGUUUGACUUGAACAUACAAGACAAACUGGCACAGAGAAACAGGAAACACACGGAUAAAUGCACCAGGGAAAAUAAGCGACACCUGGAGGGGGUGGAGACAAUCACAACUUGUGACACCAACUUGAAGAAGCUGGAGCAGUUUUGUCUUGAAGAAUGGACAAAAAUCCCAGUGGCUAGAUGUGCAAAGCUUAUAGAGACAUACCCCAAGAGACUUGCAGCUGUAAUUGCUGCAAAAGGUGGCUCUACAAAGUAUUGACUUUGAGGGGGUGAAUAGUUAUGCACACUCAAGUUUUCAAUUUUCUUUGUCUUAUUUCUUGAUUGUUCACAAUAAAAAAAAUAUUUUGCAUCUUCAAAGUGGUAGGCAUGUUGUGUAAAUGAAAUGAUACAAACCCCACAAAAAUCUAUUUUAAUUCCAGGUUGUAAGGCAACAAAAUAGGAAAAAUGCCAAGGGGGGUGAAUACUUUCGCAAGCCACUGUACAUGCACAAUCCAUGUCUCACUUGUCUCAAGGCUUAAAAAUCCUUCUUUAUUAACCUGUCUCCUCCCCUUCAUCUCAACUGAUUGAAAUUGAUUUAUCAAGUAACAUCAAAAGGGAUCAUAGCUUUCCCCUGGAUUCACCUGGUCAGUCUAUGCCAUGGACAAAGCAUGACAUGUUCCUAAUGUUUUGUACAUUCAGUGUAUUUUACUUGACUUGAAAAACUUGAUCUAUCGCAGCUUGAUUUUAUAGACAUUGUUGGACAAUGAUGUUGAAGGUUGAUAUGUAAGAUGAGGCUCACUCCAUGACUAAGCCUUAAGGUCAAAAGUCAAACUGUGCACAAGAAGGCCCAUUCUUGAUGAAACAAGAUUAAGUUUGGUCAGAUCACCAAGUCCAUGUAAUAUGUGUUUUUUUGUCUGGGUUAGUGACCUGGAUAACAUUGAGCCUACAGUUUUACUGAUAUGUUUGUCUUUUCCAUGCAAUGUGUGAAAAUAAAAAUGCCUUGACUUA